GGAUCGGAUACAACAUCUGGCGUUAUGAUAUUAUUGCUCUACCACCUACUUGCAAAUCGCGCCACAUAUGAUCGGUUAAUGGAAGAGCUGAAUGCCCACUGUGAAAAGGGCAAAAUAUCCGAAGACACGGUUUUCAAGCUGCCUUACCUUGGUGCAGUUGUCAACGAGGGCAUCCGAUUGGGAACACCGUUCCCUGGGCUCCCUCGUGUAGUCCCCAAAGGUGGAACUGUCCUCUGUGGAACAUAUAUCCCCGAGAACACCGUCGUUUCUGUUCCCGCUUAUUCUCAGCAUAUCCAUCCAGAUAACUUUUGGCCUGAGCCCGAAAAAUUCCGUCCGGAGCGCUGGCUUCCUGGUGGACUUGGUCCAAGAAGCAUAUUGCGGACUUCUGCAUUGAUGUCAUUCUCAUAUGGACCAUUUGGAUGUCUUGGAAGAACACUUGCAAUACGUGAACUUCAAAUCUUGACGGUCUAUCUGCUGCGCUCUUUCGACAUUCGUCUGGCCGGCUCCUUUGACGAACAAAGAUUUGUACGAGGUGUGCUGAACAUGCGCACAACAGUAUUUGAAUAUCCACUAUUGGUGGACAUUCAGCAGCGCGUGUAA